CGCCUUUUUUUCCAAAAAACUUAACGGCCACAAAAACCGUCUUCUGACAUCAACUCAGAAUCAUCAUUCAUUGUGUGGGUGUUUUUGUUGCUCAGAGAAGAUGCUGAAAACUACUAGUAGCUGUAGUAGCAGAGCAGCUAUUUCUCUAGCCCCAAAUUCUCUUUCCAAAACCCUAAUUUCUUCCAAUUUCGUCGUCAAACCUAGAAAUCUCUCCUAUUUUUCCCGCCAAUCUCUCCAUUUUCUAUCCCUCAAAUGCUACAACAAUAGAAAGUUUAACAGUAAUAGAAUGGCGAAGAAUUUCUCCCCUCGUGCUUCAGCUCAGCAAUUGAAGAAUCCUGACGAGCUAAUUGAUUCUGUUGAGACUUUCAUUUUCGACUGCGAUGGUGUUAUAUGGAAAGGGGAUAAACUAAUUGAUGGAGUCCCAGAAACACUUGAUAUGCUGCGGUCAAAGGGAAAACGACUGGUUUUUGUGACCAACAACUCAACCAAGUCUAGGAAGCAAUAUGGAAAAAAGUUCGAGUCACUUGGGCUUAGUGUCAAUGAGGAGGAAAUUUUUGCAUCAUCUUUUGCUGCUGCAGCAUACCUCAAAUCAAUUGAUUUCCCGAAAGAUAAGAAGGUUUAUGUAAUAGGCGAGGAUGGCAUCUUGAAGGAGCUAGAGCUUGCUGGAUUUCAACACCUUGGUGGUCCGGAAGAUGGCAGUAAAAAAAUAGAACUGAAGCCUGGUUAUCUGAUGGAGCAUGAUGAAAAUGUUGGUGCAGUUGUGGUUGGAUUUGAUCGAUACUUUAAUUACUACAAAGUCCAGUAUGGAACACUAUGUAUCCGUGAAAAUCCUGGGUGUCUCUUUAUUGCUACAAAUCGUGAUGCCGUUACUCAUCUUACAGAUGCUCAGGAGUGGGCAGGUGGUGGUUCAAUGGUUGGAGCUCUUUGUGGAUCUACUCAGCGAGAGCCCGUUGUUGUAGGGAAGCCCUCUACUUUUAUGAUGGAAUAUGUCGCAAACAAGUUUGGUAUUUCCAAGUCCCAGAUAUGUAUGGUUGGGGACAGACUGGAUACUGACAUACUGUUCGGACAGAAUGGUGGCUGCAAAACACUUCUUGUUCUAUCAGGUGUGACUAGUUUGGAAACACUUCAAAGCCCCAACAAUUCUAUCCAGCCAGAUUUUUACACCAACCAGAUCUCGGACUUUCUUUCACUUAAAGCUGCAACUGUUUGAGCAUGUAAGCUUCAAAAGGUUACGAGGAUAACGUGAACACCAAUAAAUCCGAUCUAUAAGAUAUAUAUGUAUUUGAAAUAUCGAAAUAUGCUUCCAGCUGAUUUUUCAAGCACAGGAGGCUUCCACUUUCCAGGGAAAGCUGCUCGAACUCCAGCAUUGUAGUUUACCAUUCAAUUUUUACUAAUUUCUUUUCCACUUGUAUGAUAACUGUAUAUGCUGAAUUCAACAUAUCUUCUUUUUCUCGAUUGAGUAAAUAAGAUUAAAUCUAUUACAGA